AAGUACUUUCCUGUGCGACACCGACGUCACAUCCGCUUUCUCGAUGUCCAAGUGAGCGUUGUAGAGCAAUGGCGGCGUGCCGGGGAUCUUCGUCGAAAUGGUUUUUCACCCGGGAGCAACUCGAAAACACGCCGUCCCACCGAUGUGGAGUAGAACCAGACCGGGAGCUUUCCUACCGGCAGCAAGCGGCGAAUCUGAUCCAAGACAUGGGUCAGAGACUCAACGUCUCUCAAUUAACAAUAAACACAGCCAUUGUUUACAUGCAUAGAUUUUAUAUGCACCAUUCUUUCACCAAAUUCCACAGGAAUAUAAUAUCUCCAACCACCUUAUUCUUGGCCGCAAAAGUGGAAGAACAACCUCGUAAACUCGAACAUGUGAUCAAGGUUGCACAUGCUUGCCUGAAUUCCCAAGAGCCGCCUCUAGACACAAAAAGCAAUGCAUACCUCCAGCAAGCUCAAGAGCUGGUGAUACUUGAAUCCAUAGUGCUGCAGACCCUGGGCUUUGAAAUUACUAUUGAUCACCCACACACUGAUGUGGUGAAAUGUUCCCAGCUAGUGCGAGCAAGCAAGGAUCUGGCACAGACUUCCUAUUUCAUGGCUACCAACAGCCUACACCUCACUACCUUUUGCCUCCAAUACAAGCCCACAGUGAUCGCUUGUGUCUGCAUCCACCUGGCAUGUAAGUGGUCCAACUGGGAGAUCCCAGUUUCCACCGACGGAAAACACUGGUGGGAGUAUGUGGACAACUCUGUGACCCUGGAGCUGCUCGAUGAGUUGACCCAUGAGUUUCUACAGAUUCUAGAGAAGACGCCCAGCCGGUUAAAGAGGAUACGUAACUGGAGGGCAACACAAGCUGCCAAAAAGCCCAAGACUGAGAGCUCCCAGGUGGCAGACAACUCCUUUGCCGGGCCUUCCAUUCUCCAGGGGCAAAGUGAUUCUGCACUUCCUGGACUCUCCACCUCCAACACAAGCUUUUCCAAAGCAGGCACCACCUUCACCGCACCCUUGACUUUGGACAGCUUGGCUGGCACAUACAACCCAGCUAGCCACAGCGAAUGGCCCCAGGGCAACCCGAGCCUAGCAGGGUACUCUUCCACCUGUCUGAAACAGGAACCCCUCAGCAUCCCUCACCCAGAGCCCACACUGUCUUUGCAGACUUCCACUUCCUCUUUGCUUCAGCAUGCAACUGUAUACAGGACUGACAAAACAUUAGAUUUCAGCCCUGUCAAACAGGAACAAAAAGGAGCUGGUGGGAGCGUUGUGGCCAAGCAUCAGCCACCACCUCAGUCUGCCUACCUUCCACCAGCUCAGCCUCCUCCACCUCAACCUGCUCCAGCUCAGAAGCUGUCUCUGGACAAAUACAGAGAGAAACAUGCUGCAGAGCUGGCUGUCUCUGGCCAGAAACGUAGUCAGGAACAGCAUGGAAUAAUGGACUGUGAUCUGAAGGGGGAUAUGUCGUCCUCCUCUUCUACCUAUGCACCAUCCUUUAUAAGCCAAGUAGACCAUAGAAAACUUUUGCAGCCCCACCCAACAUCCCACAGUGGUGGUGGCAGCACCACUGCCUCCCCAAUGAAAAUAAAAGUCCCCUCCUCGUCAACAUCAGGGCAAGAUAGACGACAUCACAGUGACAAACGGGACAAAGGCUCACUUAAACUCCGCCUGGCUGUUCCUGGGUCUGGUGGAAGCUCCCAGCUGGAUAAAAGUGGACAAUCAAGCAAAGAUGAGCUUAAGAUGAAGAUAAAAGUUUCAUCAUCAGAGCGCCACAGCUCAUCGGACGAAGGCGUGGCAGCCAACAACAACAAGAGUAAACAUUCCAGCCCACUGGUGAGCAAAGAGAAACAACAUCGUGCUGAUCACAACCUCCAUCGCCACCACAAGCACAGUCACCCUCAUCCACACACACACAGUGGGAAUGGACGUGGAGGCCUGGAGGUCCCAGGAGGCCUGCUACGGGGUCCUCCAGGACUGGUCAGCAUGGAAGGGACUACUCUUGCUCCUCCCGGAUCAACCUCUUUGUCUUCAUCCUCAUCACGCAAGAGAGUGUACCCUGAGGCCAGCCACAACCACCACCCUUCCUCCUCAUUCUCCACUUCUUGCUCUAAAGUGAGCAAAAUCUCCAAGGGUGGCACUGGUGCUGCAGGUGGGCUGCGGACCUCUCAGCAGCACCCUCCUAGUGAAUCGCCACAUGAAGUGGGAGAGCAGAGACACUGAAUCCACCACUCUGCAGCCAUGGCCAGCAAAUGGAAAUGGCAACAGACUACCCACAGACUUGGAAGCCUAUGCUCACCCCCCUGUUAAGUGCCCUAGGAAAAUAACUCUUUAUGUGAUGAUAAACCCUUUACUGAAAGGCAGAAAAAUGCAUCUGCUAAAAAAACAAAA